UAGCCCCACCCUCUAAAUCAGUACAAGCUGCGUUAUACCGCAGCAGCACAACAAAGAAAGAGAGGACGAAGCUUCGCGAUCGGAUCAUCGAAUCCUCAAAUCAGAUAAUUGUUGGUUCUUGAUUCGAUUGGAUAGAGGAACUUCAUGGGGUUUUUUGUGACUACCCUAAUUUUCAUCAUGGUGGGCAUUAUUGCAUCUCUUAUGGUUAGAAUCUGCUGCAACAGAGGCCCUUCUGCAAAUCUGUUACACUUAACAUUGGUUAUUACAGCAACAGCAUGCUGUUGGAUUAUGUGGGCAAUUGUAUAUCUGGCACAGAUGAACCCACUCAUUGUCCCAAUCCUCAAUGAAGUGGAGUGAGAUGAUUCUACAAAGAGUGCAUGCGGAAGAUUUGUGUACAAUGAGUUGGCCACUGCAGAAUAUGUAAUCUUAUGUCGCAGAUUGUUGUUUCCAAAUCUAUCUCUAUAGGGUUUGGUUGUAUUAUUGCUGGAACAAAGUUAGGUGAUUGAUUUCUGAAAUUCCUAGAAUUAUUUUCAUACAUGUCCCCUAUGCUCUUUUUCUAAUCUUCCCUUCAUUCUUGGAACAAUGGUGAUUGUCUGAUUGAUCCACCAGACUGAAAAUACGAUGAAAUAUCAAUGAAAUAAAAGAUGGAGGUCA